GGCAGCCAGAAGGGGCGGGGCUGAAGGCCAGGGCCGGCGUCCCUCGACCUGAAGAGCUUGAAGCUCCUAGGCUUGGGGCCUCCCAGAUGUGUGGAACUGUCCCUGGAGCUGUAGCCCUUCACCACCAUCUCUAUCUCCUUCCUUCUGAGGGAUCCUGAAAUCUCUGUCAUGGAAAAGUACCACGUGUUGGAGAUGAUUGGAGAAGGCUCUUUUGGGAGGGUGUACAAGGGUCGAAGAAAAUACAGUGCUCAGGUGGUGGCCCUGAAGUUCAUUCCAAAAUUGGGACGCUCAGAGAAAGAGCUGAGGAAUCUACAACGAGAGAUUGAAAUCAUGCGGGGCCUGCGGCAUCCCAAUAUUGUGCAUAUGCUUGACAGCUUUGAGACUGACAAAGAGGUGGUGGUGGUGACAGACUAUGCUGAGGGAGAGCUUUUUCAGAUCCUAGAAGAUGACGGAAAACUUCCCGAAGAGCAGGUUCAGGCCAUUGCUGCCCAGUUGGUGUCAGCCCUGUACUAUCUGCAUUCCCACCGCAUCCUCCACCGAGACAUGAAGCCUCAGAACAUCCUCCUUGCCAAGGGUGGUGGCAUAAAGCUCUGUGACUUUGGAUUUGCCCGGGCUAUGAGCACCAACACGAUGGUGCUGACAUCCAUUAAAGGCACACCACUCUACAUGUCUCCAGAGCUGGUGGAGGAACGACCAUACGACCACACCGCGGACCUCUGGUCUGUGGGCUGCAUACUGUAUGAGCUGGCAGUGGGCACUCCUCCCUUCUAUACCACGAGCAUCUUUCAGCUGGUCAGCCUCAUUCUCAAGGACCCUGUGCGCUGGCCCCCCACCAUUAGUCCUUGCUUCAAGAACUUCCUUCAGGGACUGCUCACCAAGGACCCCCGGCAGCGUCUGUCCUGGCCAGACCUCUUACAUCACCCCUUUAUUGCUGGUCGUGUCACCAUACUAACCGAGUCAGCAGGCCCAGAUUUGGGUACCCCAUUCACCAGUCGCUUACCCCCAGAACUUCAGGUCCUAAAGGACCAACAGGCGCAUCGUCUGGCCCCCAAGGGCAAUCGAUCUCGCAUCUUGCGGCAAGCCUGUAAGCGCAUGGCUGAGGAGGCCAAGCAGAAGAAACACCAGAACACAGGACCUGCCCUCGAGCAAGAGGACAGGACCAGCAAGGUGGCUUCUGGCACAGCCUCUCUGCCCAGACUAAAGGCCACUCCUCAGGAACCAAGCCUCUUGACUGGGGUCUUAGGCUCAGAAAUGAAGAGCAGCUGGGCUGAGUGGAGGGCUGGAGAAGCUCCCCCUGCACCUUGGGAAAACUGGAUCACCCAGGAUUGUGAGCGAGCAUUCCCAGAGCUGAGGCCAGAGGUGGUGGGCCAGCAGAGCCUUGAUGCAGUGGACCUAGAAAAUGAGGAGCCAGACAACGAUGAUGAUGAGUGGCGGCACCUGCUAGAGACCACUGAGCCUGUGCCCGUCCAACUGAAGGCCCCUCUCGCCCUGCUGUGCAAUCCCGACUUCUGCCAGCGCAUCCAGAGUCAGCUGCAUGAGGCUGGAGGGCAGAUCCUGAAAGGCGUGCUGGAGGGCGCUUCCCGUAUCCUUCCUGUGCUCCGGGUCCUGAGCAGUCUUCUCUCCAGCUGCGGUGACUCUGUUCCCUUGUACUCCUUCUGCCGUGAGGCAGGGCUCCCCCGGCUGCUGCUCAGCCUCCUCCGACACAGCCAGGAGAGCAGCAGUCUCCAGCAGCAAUGUUGGUAUGGGACCUUCUUACGGGACCUGAUGGCUGUGAUUCAGGCCUACUUUGCCUGCACCUUCAAUCUGGAGAGGAGCCAGACAGGUGACAGCCUACAGGUAUUUCAGGAGGCUGCCAACCUCUUUCUGGAGCUCUUGGGGAAACUACUGGCCCAACCAGAUGACUCUGAGCAGACUUUGCGGAGGGACAGCCUUAUGUGCUUUACUGUUCUAUGUGAAGCCAUGGAUGGGAACAGCUGGACCAUCUCCAGAGCUUUCUACUCCAGCCUGAUGACCACACAGCGGGCUGUGUUGGACGGGCUCCUUCAUGGCUUGACAGUUCCACAGCUCCCUUUCCACAGCCCCCCAGGAGCCCCCGAGGUGAGCCAGCCGCUUCGGGAGCAGAGUGAGGAUCUGCCUGGAGCCAUGUCCUCGGCACUGGCAGCCUUAUGCACUGCUCCUGUGGGGCUGCCUGGCUGCUGGGAAGCCAAGGAGCAGAUCUCUCGGCAUUUGGCAAACCAGCUCACUGAAGACAGCAACCAACUGAGGUCAUCCCUCAUCUCUGGCCUGCAGCAUCCCAUCCUGUGCCUACACCUUCUCAAGGUUCUCUACUCCUGCUGCCACGUCAGUGAGCCCCUGUGCCGUCUUCUAGGGCAAGAGCCCCUGGCCUUGGAGUCACUGUGGAAGUUGGUCCAGGGCAAGGUAAAGGUAGUGGAUUGGGAAGAGUCUGCUGAAGUGACACUGUACCUCCUCUCCCUUCUUGUCCUUCACCUCCAAGAUCUGCCUUCUGGAAUGGAGAAGCUAGGCAGUGAGGUUGCUACUGUCUUUACCCAUUCACACGUCGUCUCUCUUGUGAGCGCGGCAGCCUGUCUGCUGGGACAGCUUGGUCAGCAAGGGGUGACUUUUGACCUCCAGCCUGUGGAGUGGAUUGCAGCUGCCACACAUGCCCUGUCUGCCCCUGCGGAGGUCCGGCUGACUCCACCGGGUGGCUGUGGAUUCUAUGAUGGCCUCCUCAUCCUUCUGCUGCAGCUGCUCACCCAGCAGGGGAAGGGUAAUCCGAUAAGGGUCGUGGCUAGCUCAGAAAUGUGGGCCAUUCUGUGGCACCGCUUCUCCAUGGUGCUGAGGCUCCCCGAGGAGGCAUCUGUACAGGAAGAGGAGCGGUCACUGUCCAGUCCACAAAGCCCAGAGCCAGACUGGACGCUGAUCUCACCCCAAGGCAUGGCAGCCCUGCUGAGCCUGGCCAUGGCCACCUUUACCCAGGAACCCCAGUUAUGCCUGAGCCACCUGUCUCAGCGUGGAAGUAUCCUCAUGUCCACCCUGAAGCAUCUGCUUUCGCCCAGCUUCCUGCAUCAACUGACCCAGGCGCCUCAAGGGCCUGAGUUUCUCCCCGUCGUGGUGCUCUCUGUCUGCCAGCUCCUCUGCUUCCCCUUCGCCCUGGAUGUGGACGCUGACCUCCUUGGAGGUGUCUUGGCUGACCUCACAGACUCAGAAGUCACAGCCCACCUGCUGCAGGUCUGCCGCCACCAUCUUCCACUGACACAAGCCGAGCUGCCCAUCAGUCUGCUCACACGCCUGGCCCUCUCGGAGCCCCUCUCUCUCAAUCAGUUUGUGAGCACAGUAGCCGCCUCCCCUACAACCACCAUCUCAUUCCUCUCAGCUGCCCUCCUGGGCGACCAGCCGCUGCUGACCUCUGACCUUCUCUCCCUCCUGGCCCACACCGCCCGGGUACUGUCUCCCAGCCAUUUGUCCUUUAUCCAAGAACUCCUGGCUGGCCCCGAUGAAUCCUAUCGGACCCUGCGCAGCCUCCUGGGCCACCCAGAGAAUUCUGUGCGGGCCCGUACUUACGGGCUCCUGGGACACUUGCUCCAGCACAGCGGAGCCCUGCGCGGGGCCCUGCAGAGCCAGCUAGGACUGCUCAACCUUUUGCUGCUGGGGCUUGGAGACCAGGACCCUGCUGUGCGGCGCGCUGCCAGCUUUGCUGUGGGCAAUGCAGCCUACCAAGCUGGCCCCCUGGGGCCUGCCCUGGCAGCCGCGGUGCCCGGUAUGACCCAGCUGCUUGGAGAUCCUCAGGCUGGUAUCCGGCGCAAUGCCGCAUCAGCUCUGGGCAACUUGGGGCCUGAGGGUUUGGGGGACGAGCUGUUACAGUGCCAAGUGCCCCAGCGGCUCCUAGAGGUGGCGUGUGGAGACCCCCAGCCAAAUGUGAAGGAGGCUGCCCUCGUUGCCCUCCGGAGCCUCCGACAGGAGCCCUGCAUCCAUCAGGUGCUGGUGUCCCUGGGUGCCAGUGAGAAAUUAGCCUUACUCUCUCUGGGGAAUCAGUUACUGCCACACAGCAGUCCCAGGCCGGCCUCUGCCAAACACUGCAGGAAACUCAUUCACCUCUUGAGGCCAACCCACAAUACAUGACCCCAGAUUCCUGGGGUCCAGCCUCCAGCCUUCAUUGCCCUACUGUUGUCAACCCUUCCUUUUUCUGCUCUACAAGCCACCAACUCAACCAAGAGCUAAAGAGACUGAAAGAGAUAAGCUGCCAAUCAACUGAUUUGAGAACGAGAACCUAGAAGAGAUUUAUGUAUAAAGCUCCUUUUUUCCCCCAGAUUCAGGAUGAUUUCAGCCAGUAAACUUCAUUGUUGUUGGUGCCAGAGGAGAUUCCUUUCUUCUCUACAUCAGGGGGUCUUUUCUCCAAUAAUGUGCCUUUAAACCCAAGGGACAUGCCUCCUGGACCUUAGGGAGACACCUUCUACCUGAGAGGUCUCUUCCUUUCUGGAGCUCCUGAAAUCUUCCCAGCAGGUUCUUGUUUUAGAUGCAAUGGUCCCAGGACAGUGAUGAAGACAGAGUCUGCCUCUAGGGGAUAGCCUGCUGUGGGGAUAAAUGCCAUCAGUCCCUGUUAUGGAGGGCUCCCCAGCCUGUAGCCCCCAUUCCCAUCCAUUGGUGGGGGUGGGAGUGUACCUUUUCUUUCUUCCUUCCUUCCUCCCUCCCUCUUUCCUUCCUUCCUUUCCCUUCCCUCCCUCCCUCUCUCCUUCCUUUUUUCUUUUUUUUUUUUUUAACCCUACUUGGAGCUGCCAGGGUAAAGAGUUGAGAGGUUCAGCUCUUUUAGCUGAUGUGUGAUGCUGGAAGCACUGGUUUUCUGUUCACAGAAGAUCCUGGUUUGGGAGCUUAUUUAUAUCUUUUCCUGCCUUCCAGCUUCCUCCAUCCCAGAUGAGCUGCAUGUGAUCACCUACUUCCAAGCCAGGGCCAGUGGAGCUGAAAUAGGAAAGGAUAGGAUUAAACAGAGGGAUAAAUUGGAUUGCUUUCUGAUCUCAGGCUUAGUGGCUAGUUUUAAUAUUUGGUGGAGUUUCAAUGUAUAGGGAAGCCCAGCUGCUUUAGAAGGAUGGCUGUUUAUGGAGAUUGUGCAGUUUACCAGAAAGGGAUGUUUGGCAGGCCCAUUGGUUAGAAGCAUAAUCCAUCCUGGAAAGCUUAAACCUUCACUCACUGGAUAGCUUGCAACCAGCUUCCCAGAGCCCUAAUUUCUCAUCUGUAACAUAGGGAGACUACUUUUUGUCCUUCCUUAAAUUCCACUUGUUUUAGAAAUGAAAGAUGAGUAAGGUGCCUUUAUUUUUAUAAAGAAUUCAUUUAGACCUCAUCUUCAUUGCCCACUGUCUGUGUUUAUAUUUUGGCAAAAAUAACAUU